AUGGCAUCAUCAACAUUAUCUUCUCUCUCCUCGACCCCGUUGCAACACAGUUUCGCCGCAAACUUGAAAACUUCUUCUCUAUUUCCCAACAAAAAUUCAGGCUUUAUGGUUUUCGCUCAAAAGAAAGCGAAGAAAAUUCGAAAGAUUAUACUGAAGGAAGAUAUGGUUGAUGUUGGAAAGAAAGGGGAACUUCUUGAUGUGAGGGCUGGGUUUUUCAGAAAUUUCCUCUUACCAAAUGGCAAGGCUCAACUUGUUACUCCUAAAGUACUCAAGCAAAUGAAGAUAGAAGAAGGUAGAAUUGAGGCUGAGAAACAACGGGUAAAAGAAGUGGCACAGCAACUUGCUCUAAUUUUUGAAACUGCUGGGGCUUUUAUAGUGAAACGUAAAGGUGGGAAAGGAAAACAGAUCUUUGGAAGUGUUACGGCUCAAGAUCUUGCGGACAUAAUAAAGGCACAACUUCAAAGGGAGGUGGACAAGAGAAUUGUUAAUCUUCCAGAGAUCAGGGAAACAGGAGAAUAUAUUGCAGAGUUAAAACUUCAUCCAGAUGUUACCGCUAAAGUGAAGGUGAAUGUUAUAGCUAAGUAA